AGUUCAAAUCAAAAAUCCAAAAAUAGUAAUAUAUUUGGAUUCCUCUUUUUAUUUCACAUAAUCUUUUUAGCAGUCUGUCAUGCAUAAAAUCAAUAGAUAGAAUAGAACAGAGAAACUAAUGAAUUGUUUUUUAAAAAAUGGAUUUUCAAUUAACUUUAAACACAGAGACAAAAACUCAGAACACAUCUAAAUUAUCACAGCUGGGAAAAGUUUUAAUUUACACUACUGGAGGUUUAGCAGUAGGAGUGAGCAUAGUAUGUAUCCCAUUUGUGUCCCCUGCUUUUAGAAAAGUUUGUUUACCUUACGUGCCAGCGACUACUGAUCAGCUGGCGGGAGUAACUGCAGCACUAAAGGGGCGAAGCGGAAGACUACUAGACGUCGGCUCUGGAGAUGGAAGGAUAGUAUUCACAGCUGCUAAACUUGGUUUCAAAGCUGAAGGAGUAGAACUAAACCCAGUAUUGUUUUAUUUCUCGAAAGUUUCAGCACUUUUCAAUCAUAAAUAUCGAGAAACGAAGUUUCAUAGACGAAAUUUAUGGAAAUUUGAUUUGAUGCCAUACAAUAAUAUAGUAAUAUUUGGUGUUGAACAAAUGAUGCAAGAUUUUGAAAGAAAGUUGGUUCUAGAAGCCAAAGAUGAUACAGUGGUGGUCGCUUGCAGAUUUCCCUUACCUAAUAUGAUACCAGUUGAAACUAUAGGACAUGGUGUGGACACAGUUUGGAAAUAUAUUAUAAAAAGAUAAUUUAUCUUAGUUUAUAUGUAUAAUAUAUAGUCUAGAAUGUAUUUAAUUAGUAAAUAAUAUGAAGAAGUAUCAAAAACGA